UGAGUAACAUCAUUCGUUUGGCGUUUGACGUUUGGAUUUUUCGCGGUCACAAAUAAUUGUUGACUAAAAUCGAAUAAAAUUUAUUUACCAAAUUAAAGAUGGAAAAAUUAACGAGUAAACAACGUACAAAACCUACUUUUGUUUGUCAGUAUGGUAAAAAUUGUUAUCGCAAGAACCCGCAUCAUUUCAUGGAAUACACUCACGAACAUCUGGAGAAAAUAAUGAAACAAAAUACAACGCAUCAUCUCGAACAAUUCAAGAUUCCAGACGAAUUGAUUUCACACAAAGAACUAAUUAUAGAUCAAAUAAAGAUAAUCGAAGAAUUAUUUCCAACGAAUAAAUCAAAUGAAGAACCACUUGCAAAGAAAAAUAAACCCGAUAAAGCGCUGGCAAUCUCAUCACAUUCCAAUGAAUCUAAUGGAGUAGAUAAGAUUUCGUUGAAUUCUGCCUCAACAUCACAACAAAGUGCUUCAGUGUCUAAAUUUGACAUCCAUCAAUAUAUCAAAGUCGUUACGCCCAAAGGAAAAAUGAAAGAGAAAUUAGACGCAGCGCAACCAUUUAAUUUCUUUCUCACUUCAAUUACAUCAUCGCCACCGACACAUAAUGAGCCGCUUUCAAUUACUUUUCAAGAAAUUCUAGAUUCUUCACUCGGUGAACUUGAGUCUAGUGUGCAAAUUAAUUUUAUGGUGGAGAUUGGUUGGUUGCUUGGGCAAUACUAUUUUGCAGGGUGCUUGUCUAAAAAAUUGCUAAUAUUGUAUGGAACUAAGUCACCUGACUUAGAGAACAUCCACAAAACCAAACCACAAGUUACUGCAAUAGAAAUCAAAAUGCCCACACCGUUUGCUACUCAUCAUACAAAAAUGAUGCUACUGGGUUACAAAGAUGGAUCGAUGCGUGUAGUUAUCUCAACCGCUAAUCUAUACGAAGAUGAUUGGCAUAAUCGAACACAGGGAAUUUGGAUUUCUCAUGCAUUACAUCCAUUACACGAAGGCAGUGAUACGGCUGCUGGUGAAAGUCCAACUGAAUUCAGAAACGAACUUUUAAAAUAUCUUUCGUCUUACAAAUUGCCCCAACUACAGCCUUGGCUAGUUCGCAUUCGUAAAACAAACUUUUCGGAGGUAAACGUAUUUUUAGUGACAUCUAUACCAGGUGCAUAUCAGUCAACCAAUGGACACUUCGCUCACGGGCAUGGUAAAGUUUCUUGGUUACUAUCAAAGCACGCUGCACCGAUUGAAGAUAGUUCACCUAUUGUUGCACAAAGCUCUUCACUUGGAAGCUUUGGUGCGAGCCCAGAUUCAUGGCUGACAUCUGAGUUUGUAAAUAGUUUUCGGCGAGAUACAAGGGAAAUUGGAUUAAGAAAAAUACCGAGCGUUCGAAUUAUUUAUCCUUCAUUUAACAAUGUUGCAAAUUCUCAUGACCACCUCAUUGGUGGUGGAUGUUUACCUUAUGGAAAUCAAACACAUCAGAAACAACUAUGGUUGAACGAUUUUUUUUACCAAUGGCGAGCUGAUUGUCGUUAUAGAACAAAAGCAAUGCCGCACAUUAAAACAUAUUGUCGAUGGACAGAUAAAAAAUUAUUUUGGUUUAUUUUGACAUCAGCUAACCUCUCCAAAGCAGCAUGGGGACAAAAAAAUAAGUCAUUAACUAACCCAAGUCUACGAAUCAGUAACUACGAAGCCGGUGUUUUGUUUCUUCCAAAAUUUGUUACGAAUACACGCUAUUUUUCAAUGGAUGAAUCUGAUUGCAGUACACCAAUGUUUCCACCAGUUUAUGAUGUUCCUCUCACAAAGUUUGUUGUAGAUGACACUCCUUUUUUGAGUGAUAUUUUGUUUCCAACCAAUUAAUUUACAAUUGUUAAUAGUUCUUAUUAUGAAGUCUGGCCAUUUGGCGUGGACUUUCGUAUUAUCUAACCGAUAUUUUGUUUUCAAAGUAAUAAAUCUUUUUCGAAUGAUA